AAUAAAUGUGCAAAGUAGCCUAGUGUUCAGCAAAUGAGUCUUAUUCGGCAAUCAUCAAUAUGUAUUUUGUAUUCACUAAAAAGAAUCGACUCAAAAGAGUCAUACGUUGGGGAAUCGAAUAGCACUCUUCGCGCUUAAUCCCAUAGGUUCACAGAAAAGAACUGGUUCGAGAAUCAGACUUCACUCGUAGCAUGUUUUCACUAGUGGUGGUGUUGCGUUGGUCAGUUGUAGAGGAAACAUAAUGGGGAGUUGUAGGAUGCUGCUCCGUUCACAUCGUCGGAACCCGAACAUUCGAGCGUAAUGUUUGAGAGCGUGCGUGCGUUUGACAGACUUGAGUGUGUUUUUUUUCCAAUCUACAGCCCUUCCUCGCGCCUCCCUCUCUGAACGAGGUCCUUAAAUGACCCACGACCACUAAGAAGCUCGUGCUUUCCCUGUCCGGAUCAUGGCAUGCGCCCCAUCCCGGACUUCCACACGCGCGGCGCCGAGGCUCGAGAGCAGUGAACAUGGGGAUCAGGUCCAGAAAUGCCGCUAACAGCGCCGAGGACUCGCGCGAGCGUAAAAGCGCGCUGGCCGGAGACCUGGAGCAGUGCGCGGGGCAGGAACGGGACGGCGCGCUGCUGCUCGUCGGCUCGGGGAGGGAAGUGGACUUCAAAAGGGGCUCGCAGAACAUCGGGCUGCUCGCCAAGACGCCCCUGGGAUACACGCGCCCCGUGAAGAGGAAUAAUAUCAGGAAGCGACGGAUCCAGAACCUCAUUUACGACGCGCUCGAGAGACCACGAGGAUGGGCGCUGCUCUACCACGCGUUUGUGUUUCUGAUUGUUUUGGGAUGUCUGAUUCUGUCGAUAUUAACAACAUUCAAAGAGCACGAGAAGGAUUCGGCUCACUGGCUGGUGAUUCUGGAGACGUUUACCAUCUUUAUUUUUGGAGGUGAGUUUGCGUUGAGGAUAUGGGCCGCCGGCUGCUGCUGUCGAUAUAAAGGCUGGAGAGGACGGCUCAAAUUCGCCCGCAAACCGCUGUGUGUCCUGGAUAUUUUUGUUCUGAUCGCUUCGGUGCCGGUGGUUGCCGUACGUAAUCAGGGAAAUGUGUUGGCCACGUCGCUGCGCAGUCUGCGUUUCCUGCAGAUCCUCCGGAUGCUGCGAAUGGACAGACGCGGAGGAACCUGGAAACUGCUGGGAUCUGCAAUAUACACACACAGCAAGGAGCUGAUCACAGCGUGGUACAUCGGCUUCCUGUCAUUGAUCCUGGCUUCUUUCCUGGUGUAUCUGGUCGAGAAGGACGAUGAGACCACAGAGCUCCACAGAGACACUGAUGGCCCUUCACCGACACCGGCCCCGCAGGACUUUGACACCUAUGCAGACGCCCUCUGGUGGGGACUGAUCACUUUGACCACCAUCGGUUACGGUGACAAGACCCCAAAGACAUGGGCAGGGCGUCUUCUGGCCGGGACCUUCGCUCUUAUUGGCGUAUCAUUCUUUGCACUUCCAGCCGGCAUUCUUGGUUCAGGUCUGGCUCUGAAAGUUCAGGAACAGCACAGACAGAAACACUUUGAGAAACGCAGACAUCCCGCAGCUUCAUUAAUACAGGCUGCAUGGAGAUAUUACUCCACCAACCCCGUCAGAGAAGAUCUCAUCGCCACAUGGAGAUUCUAUGAGACUGUGAUCUCUCUGCCAUGCUUCAGGAAGGAUCCUCUUGAAGUUAUGGCCAGUCAGAAGUUGAGUUUGCUGGAUCGUGUUCGUCUGUCGACUCCGAGGCCAUCCACAGUGAGAGCCCGCGUCAUGAUGCCUGCUGCCAAUCCUGAAAGUGUGCCAGGGAACUGUGGGCCGGCGGAGGCCAUUGAAGAGAGUCCAUCAAAAGAGGGCAAACCAGCGGGAUUCAGUAACAGAGAGAGAUUUAGAACUGCUUUCAGAAUGAAGGCCUACGCCCUGAGACAGAGCUCUGAGGAUACUGGUGGUCUUCCUGAUCCCACCCCUGAGGAGAAGGGCUUCCCGCCUGAUAUACUGCUGGAGGAGAUGAUUCCCACUCUCAAACUAGUGAUACGAGCACUGCGGAUUAUAAUGUUCCUGCUGAAUAAGAAGCGUUUUAAGGAGACUCUGAGGCCAUAUGAUGUGAAGGAUGUGAUUGAACAGUAUUCUGCUGGACACCUCGACAUGCUCACCAGAAUCAAAUAUCUGCAGACACGGUUAGAUCUGAUUCUGACUCCUGGACCAACUCUGACUCCAAAACACAAGAAGCCCCAGAAAACUCCAUUUCCGUACCCAUCCCAGCAGUCUCCUAGACAGGAGUCAUACCUUGCCAAAACAAGCCUGCCAGAUCCCGAAGACCAAAGCAUGAUGGGUAGAUUUGUGCGGGUGGAGAGACAGGUGGAAGACAUGGAGAAGAAACUGGACUUCCUGGUGGACAUGCAUAUGCAACAUGACUUCACAGGCCCGGGUCACAUGACCAUGGAGCGCUGCGACCCCACAUUAACCGUUAGCGUAGCGGGCGACCGCGUUUACUGCAGCUACGGCCCCCCGCUACACAACACCCCAUACUACACACAUCCGCCGAGACCGACCGUCCUGCCAAUUAGCCCACUGCCAAGCCACUCGCCAUCCUCCAACGUCAGCCAAACUGGUGGCCAUCGGGUCGGGACACCACUCUCGCUCCUGUCGGUCACUCACGAGGAGCUGGAGCGGUCACCCAGCGGAUUUAGCAUCUCAGCGGAGAAAGAAGAGGUCACGGGGAAGGCCUCGGGGUUAACAGCAGGGUCGAGUUGGGGCCGUGACCGCCGAUAUUUAGCCGAGGGAGAGACGGAUACAGACACUGAUCCCUUUACACCCAGCGGACCUGUUCCUCCAUCCUCCACCGGAGAUGGCUUUCAGUCGGACGGAGCGUGGGGUACACCACCCUAAAACCCCCACACACACUCUCUUUAUAAAGACUUGUACAGCACAAAACAUGACGACACGUCAAGACACAGACAUAAUACUCGUCAUAUCUAAAUAUGUAUCCACGUCACGCUUUACCCCUGCAAAGUAGGGCUGCACGAUGUGUGUAUAGAAAUUAAACGAAUAUUGCGAUAUGGUUUACUGCAAAUUGGCAAUCUGCGGUUAUAAUUUUUCAUUAAUUAUAUGCGCUCAGGGCUCUAGACUCACUGGUGUGAUUUGUACGCACUGGCUUACAGUUUUACUACUAGAUUUGAGUUGUGCCAUUGUACACUUAAAUAGUGAUGGGUCGGUCUUGAACGAUUCGUUUAUUUUGAAUGAAUGUUUUUUGUGACUUGAGAACGAUGAGUCCACUCGGGUAUUGAUUCGUUCAUUUGCGGAUGCGCACAUUUGUGUAGGUGGAGGAGAAAAUUAGUUCAUUUUUCGAGUCUUCUAUGUUCAAGUUCAAAUUCAAGUUCGAUUUAUCUACAUAGCACGUUUCCAAACGACUUCAAGGCAGCAAAAACUGCUUUACAGAGAAGAUACAAACAAGCAGUACAGAAAUAAUAAACAAAACAGCAAUAACAUGAUGUAAAAGAGAACAUAAAAUAUGUCAAAUAGAUUAUACAAAAACAGUUUAGUUUCAAUGUCUAAAACAAGUAAUUGCCCCUUUAAAUAAUUCUUCCUAGUUAGAAGAUGCUACCACAGUUGACCACACUAAACAGGGUUAAAAACAAGACCGUUGGCUCCCCUGAGGAAGGGACUUAUGCUUUAAAUGACCUAGAAAAUAGAUGUCUUUAAUUCAGACUUGAAAAUUUGCAGUGACAAAGCCAUUUUUAAUUCUAUCGGCAGCGCGUUCCGAAGGCGAGGACCGGCUAUAGUAGUAGUAGUAGUAGGAGUAAAAAUAUAGCGAAUGCACGUUCACCCCUGCUUUUGAGGCGGGCCUUUGGAUCUUUUAAUAGAAACUGAUCAAUGGAAAGCAAGAGUCUUGAAUGAGUGUAGGCCAUAAUCAGUUGAGAUAAAUAAUGAGAGCCCGGGCCAUGUACGGUUUUAUACACAAGUAUUUUAAAUUCAGUUCUUUGUCUCACUGGUAGCCAAUGGAGAGACCUCAAAAUGGGAGUGACGUGCAUGUGUCGAGCUCUUUGUUAAAAAUCAUUUAUGUUAAAAGUCUUCUAUGGGGUUUGAGUCGUUAGUUCAUCGCGUUAAAGACAGAAGCCAAUCAUAUGCACUCAGAGCCCGAAAAAGAUUUGAUCCUUUCAUUUCUUGGGUCUUUGGUUUCGAGUUAUCUCUUUACAUAGUCACGUGAUGAACGAAUGACUCAAAAAAACGAAGCCUCAAAUGGUGAACUAAUCAUAGGUGUUUCCGGCUCAGACUGUAUGCAUUAGUUAAGCUGAUAUGGGACUGUCAGUGUCGAAUGACUGAAAUUUGAAGACAUGCCAGAAGAGGGGAGCAAAGCUAAUCAUAGGUAAAACACCAGGUAAACAAUGGAGGAUUAUUUUCUCUUUCUUCGUAGCAUUGCUUUGUACAAUAAUAUUACAGUUACGACUUGUUUGUAGAGUGAUCAACGUUUGGGCUAGUUGUAGAUGUGUUUGGAAGCAUCUCGUAACAUUUUAUUGUUAUUUUGGCAAAUUGAACAAAUUGAACAAAAUUACUCAAAAAAAAGAUUCAUUCAUCUUGAUGACCGAGACUCAAAGAGUCAGUAAAAUGAUCCAAACGUCCCAUCACUACACUCAAACCUACAGCGCAUAUAUACUGUCAUUUCCAUAAUUUCCAAACCUGUUAUUGCUUUCUUCUCUACAACACAAUAGAAGAUAUUUUGCAUUGACUUCCGUUGUAUUCUUAUGGAUGUCAAUGGCCGCUGAUGUUUUAGCAUUUGUCUAAAUAUCUUCUUUUGUGUUCAGAAGGUUUGGAAUCACUUAGUAGGUAGAUUAUCAGUUUUAGAUACCUUGAAACUAUACCUUUUGUAAAUAAAGAAAUAAGAUGCAAAUCUUAUGCUGUGUUCACACCAAACACAGGGCCCUGCAUCACUUGCUCUAGAUUACUCAUAGGAUGUUUUUCACCUCAAGCUAAUUUUAGGUUGGUUUUUUUUUUGCUUAAAUUGAAUAUCUUGCAUAGAAAACUAAUUCCACAUCAUUCACGCCUAUAUUUGUGCACUUGCAUUAACUUUGUAUGUAAUCUACCCAUGUGAAUAAUAACAAUAAUUACAAUUCCUUACAUUUAUAGAGUGCUUUUGUGGACACUCAAAGUGCUUUAUACAUAUUUGGGGGGAUCUCAUCGUCCACCACCAGUGUGCAGCAUCCACCUGGAUGACGCAACAGCAGCCAUAUUGUGCCAGACUGCACACCAGCUGAUUG